GUGGAGUCCCUGAACGUACCAAUGUUGUUGUACCGCGGAUGUGUCAGUUAGAACGGUGUGCUUCAAACCGUGAAGCGUUUGUGAAUGGUUGGACACCGGAGCGAACGACACUUUCUCUCUAAAACAACCCCCAUAUCACUGUUGUGCGAAUGUCGUACGACACUCGAGCUUUUUGUAGACAAACCCACCUGCUUGUUUUUAAGGCUACAGCCACAAGCUAGCACAACACGCAGCAGGAGGAUCCAGUCAUCUUUGAUUUAACUGAACGGUUUAGGUGAAACGUCCAUAUGGAGCAUGGCCUCUCGAAUAGAGUGCAUAUUCUUCAGUGAGUUUCACCCCACUCUGGGCCCAAAGAUCACAUAUCAGGUCCCAGAGGAGUACAUUUCUCGGGAGCUUUUUGACACAGUCCAGGUUUAUAUCAUCACCAAGCCAGAGCUACAGAACAAAUUAAUAACUGUGACAGCUAUGGAGAAGAAGUUGAUUGGCUGUCCCGUGUGCAUCGAGCAUAAAAAGUACAGCCGAAAUGCCCUCCUCUUCAAUCUCGGCCUCGUCUGCGAUGCUCAGACCAACACGUGUGCGCUUGAGCCAAUCGUCAAGAAGCUGGCCGGGUACCUCACGACUCUGGAGCUGGAGAGUGGCUUUAUAUCAAAGGAGGAGAGCAAGCAGAAACUUUUACCCAUAAUGUCAACGUUGUUAGAGGAUCUCAACGCGACAGGAGCCUGCACAUUACCCAUAGACGACUCCAACACCAUCCAGCUAAAGCUCAUCCAGCAGCGAAAGGACCCCCCCACCGUCCAGGAAUACGACGUGCCUGUCUUCACCGAAUGGAAAGAGCUGUUUAUCAAAUCCCAGUGGGACCUCACCACUCAACAGAUAUUGCCUUACAUCGAUGGAUUCAGGCACAUCCAGAAGAUAUCUGCCGAAGCCGACGUGGAGCUGAAUCUUGUUCGUAUCGCUGUGCAGAAUCUGCUGUAUUAUGGUGUUGUGACUUUGGUGUCGAUAUUCCAGUACUCCAACGUCUACUGCACAACCCCGAAGGUUCAGAGCCUCAUUGAUGACAAGUGCAUUCAGGACGAAUGCCUCAGCUAUGUCUCCAAACAGGGUCAGAAACGUGCCAGCCUCAGGGAUGUUUUCCAGCUCUACUGCGGUCUCAGUCCUGGAACUACAGUGCGUGACCUUUGUUCGCGCUACUCGCAGCAACUUCAAAGGGUUGAUGAAAGGAGACUAAUCCAGUUCGGGCUGAUGAAGUCUCUCAUUCGACGGCUGCAGAAGUAUCCUGUGAAGGUGGUCCGGGAUGAGAAAAGCAGACCGCCUCGCCUCUACACUGGUUGCCAUAGUUACGAUGAGAUCUGCUGCAAAACAGGGAUAAGUUACCAGGAGCUGGAUGAACGACUGGAAAACGACCCUAAUAUUGUCAUCUGCUGGAAGUGAUGUUUUUUUAAAGCCAUCGACCAGGAAGCCUCAACCAAAGCUGCCAAGAGCGAGAAACGUCGUAAACAUCGAAUUGUUUUGUGAUUUUCAUCGCUUAAAUGGUUUUGUGUGUUAUUUAUUCCACUGUGACUAACCUCAGUUUGGAUCUGGAUUAUUAUUGUUUUUCUUUUUCUUGUUUUGUAAACAGAGCAUUACUGUCUGGUUAAUAACUAGAAUGUACAUUAAAAUUGAGUUUAAACUGUUUCAUACUCAG